UUGACAGGACACCUCCUUAUAUUUUUCUUUCAUCCUUGUCCUUGUUCAUUCUCCUGUUGACAGGAUUUUUCACGGUCAUCAGAGUUUUCUCCUCCCUCUCGUCCUUCCUCCCCCUCCCUCUUCUCCCAUACAAUGGGUGGAAUUCUUCACCUCGUUGAGGACCGUCCGACUCCCAAAAAUGUCUACAAUUGGCGAGUCUAUGUGCUCGCCCUUAUUGCCUCAUGUGGUUCCAACAUGAUUGGAUAUACCAGUGGGUUCAUCGGGACGACAAUUACUCUGCCUUCCUUUGAAGCCGAGUUCGGCUUGGACAAGAUGAGUGAUUCGGCCGUGGAUCUGAUUAGUGAAAAUAUUGUCUCUUUGUUCAUUGCUGGUGCUUUCUUCGGAGCUCUGCUCACCUACGGAAUUUCUCACUUCUUUGGACGCAAAUGGAGUUUGACCAUCUCUUCGGCUGUCUUCAUUCUCGGUUCCGGGUUGCAGAUGGGAGCCAACGGCUCUCGUGGGCUCGGCAUCUUGUACGCUGGCCGUGUCCUUUCCGGUCUCGGCACGGGUGUGGCAUCCAACGUCGUCCCGAUCUACCUGUCAGAGCUGGCUCCUCCGGCCAUCAGAGGCCGACUGGUCGGCUUCUAUGAACUUGGUUGGCAGGUUGGUGGUAUGGUUGGUUUUUGGAUCAACUAUGGUGUUGAACAAACUAUGCCCUCAGACCACCAGCAAUGGGUUAUUCCCUUUGCUGUUCAAUUGAUUCCGUCGGGUAUGCUCUUCCUCGGCUCCCUGUGGAUGAGGGAAUCCCCUCGUUGGCUAUUCCUCAAGGGUCGUCGCGAGCAAGCCAUGAAGAACCUCUGCUGGAUUCGUCAACUCGAUGAAAACGAUAUUUACAUCACCGAGGAGGUGGCUACUGUUGACCAAGCCAUCGAGGAGCAGGUUGCUACUGUUGGUCUGGGCUUCUGGAAGCCCUUCAGGGCUGUCUUCCAGGCGCCUAGCUUGCAGUACCGCCUCUUCCUGGGUUGCAUGCUGUUCUUCUGGCAGAACGCGUCCGGUAUCAACGCCAUCAACUACUACAGCCCGACUAUCUUCGCCAGUCUUGGUGUUACUGGCAACACGAAGGGUAUCCUCAACGGUAUCUUCGGUGUCGUCAAGGCCGUCUUCACCGUUAUCUGGUUGCUCUUCCUGGUUGAUCAAUUCGGACGUCGGAAACUUCUCCUGUGUGGUGCCGUCUGCGGAUCCGCCUGCAUGUACGCUAUUGGUGCCUACAUUUACAUUGUCCGCCCGACGGAACACCCCCAGGACCACCUGAAUGGCGGAGGUAUUGCUGCCAUCUUCUUCUUCUACCUGUGGACUGCUGUCUACACCCCCACCUGGAACGGUACCCCGUGGGUCAUCAACUCGGAAUUCUUCGAUCCCAACAUUCGUCCGCUGUCUCAGGCUUGCACCACGGCCAGUAACUGGCUCUUCAACUUCCUUGUUUCUCGCUUCACCGAGCAGAUGUUCGCUGCGAUGAGCUACGGCGUGUACUUCUUCUUCGCGUCGUUGUCCUUCUUCGCCUGGUUCUUCGCCUUCUUCCUCAUCCCCGAGACCAGUGGUAUCCCACUGGAGGCGGUCGACCAGCUCUUCAAGAUCAAGCCGAUCUGGAGGGCGAACGAGAAACUCAAGGAGCAGCUGAGAGAAGAAGAGGAACGGUUCCGUCACGAGAUGAAGGAUGGAGCGUUCGAGAAGAACGACCCUCAGGAGCAUGUCGAGAGCGCUUAAUUAUUUGGCUUAUUU